AUGGCCAACCCAAGAGGGGAGUGCAAGGCCAUCAUACUUAGAAGUGGAAAAGUGAUAGAAGAAGCCACCCCAAACCAGGAGAAUCACGAAAAAGAAGCUGCAGAAAAGCCUGAAAAUAGGAAGAAAGAAGAGGUCCCUAGCCCAUCUUCACCAAAGCCAAUCUUGAAGCCUUAUGUGCCAAAGGCACCAUACCCACAAAGGCUAAGGAAGGAUGGGAAGGACAGCCAGUUUUCCAGAUUUUUGGAAAUCUUCAAAAAGCUCCAAAUUAACAUACCAUUUGUUGAAGCACUGGAGCAAAUGCCCCUCUACGCAAAGUUCUUGAAGGAGCUCAUGACAAGAAAAAGAAACUGGGGAGAAAAGGAGACUAUAGUCCUAACUGAGGAAUGUAGUGCCAUCAUACAAAAGAAACUCCCCCAGAAAAUGAAGGACCCAGGGAAUUUCCAAAUCCCCUGCAUCAUAGGGGAUAUCACUAUUGAAAAGGUUUUCUGUGACUUGGGGACUAGCAUCAAUCUCAUGUCCUUGAACAUGAUGAGAAGGAUGAGAAUUGAGGAAGCCAAACCAACAAGAAUGGCACUCCAACUAGCUGACAGGACAUUCAAGUUUCCACAUGGAGUGGUGGAAGAUUUAUUGGUGAAGGUCGGAGAAUUCAUCUUCCCAAUUGACUUUGUUGUGCUGGAUAUGGAAGAAGGGAAAACACUUCAAUUAUCCUAG